UACAGAGGGCAGGGGUGCAGGUGAGAGCGAGGGAGGGAGGCAAACAGGCGGAGUGUAACAGGAGGAGACACAUAAAAGAAUCCAAAAUGACUGUGUAAAACAAAAUGGAUCCACCUAAGCCCAGCCUUUCCUCAAAAGUGCCGAAUGUGAGUAACAGUGGAGGAAAUGAAUCACAGAUGGACGAAACCUCAACACAGCGGCGGGACAGCGUGGAUGGGGAGAAGCAAAGGGAAAUGGAACCCAAAGAGACAGAAACUGCUGAUGGCACAACAGCAAUUGCAGAGACAAACGUCCACCACAAGGGGUCAGCAGAGAAAAACAAGUUCAGUACUUUUGGAUAUCAGCGGCGGACCAAACAGAAGGUUGUUACUGACUUUACAACCUUGAGUAAAGGAUCAUCUACAGUCAACAAACCCAGAACUGCACUGAGACAAGUUUUGUUCAAUCAGGGAGUGUCUGACAAGAACCCCAUAUCUGAGGAACGAGGUCAGCUGGAGCUGCUGAAGCACACUCUGCAGACCUUCCGAGCACCAGCCAACCUGCGGUGGAGCUGGCAGGAGGAAAGUCAGGGGACCACACUGGAGAAACACUGGACCGACAUCGUGCACUCUCACUCAACGAUGUCCAAGAUGCAGAAGCACCAACAGGAAGCACUGUGGGAGUUCAUCCACACUGAGUUGGCCUAUAUCAACAAGCUAACCAUCAUUAAAGAUAUGGUGAUUGUGGCUCUUCUCAACUUGCACCAGCAUGGAUUCCUCCUGGAGGUCACCCCUGAGUUGCUUUUCUCCAACCUCCCCUCCAUCCUCAGCUCACACCAGCUGUUCUGGCAGGAAGUGGUUUAUCCCAUGAUACAAGAAGUCCGGAGAACAGGCAAACCCUUUGACCCGCUGAGGUUAGAGUCCGGGUGCCUGCAGUUCCACGAGCGCUUCUCUUCCUAUCUGCUGUACUGCUGGGAAGAGGAAAAUAAUCUUGAGUUUGCACGCAGGCAGAUGGAGGGCAACAUUUAUUUUCAUACUUAUAUUCAGUGGGUGGAGACUCAUCCUCAGUGUCAGAGGAUGCGGCUUGGAGACAUGCAGGCCAAACCUCAUCAGAGAAUAACAAAAUACCCGCUCCUGCUAAAGGCUGUGCUCAAAGUCACCCAGGACCCUGGUGUACAGCACGCUCUCAGAGGCAUGUUAUCCAGUGUGAACAGUUUUUUGGAGAGUAUCAAUGACUACCUGAGGCUGAAAGAUGAAGAACUUGCACUGUCUAUUUCUGCUCAGAGGGUGGAGGGAUACGAGGUGCAAGGAAUAAAUGAAGAAAUUGACAAGCAUGUUCGAGAUAUCUGUCAGUUUGACUUGACGUGUCCCAUCAGAGGGGUCGGUCCUGGAGUUGUUCGUAAACUGCUGCUGGAGGAGAACUUGAAGAUUCGUGGCAGAAAAGACAGCAAGCUGGAAGUGGUGGCUCUGCUGUUCUCAGAUGUUCUUCUAAUGACUAAAGUUCAGAAGAAAGGAGAGCACCUGAAGGUAGUUCGCCCCCCUCUGGAGUUGGACAGAACUUUUUGUGUGGUGCUGAAAGAUGGCUGUUCCUUUGUUCUUGUGGAGGUCGGUGAGCUUGGCUGUGCUAUGAAUGUCUACAUAUUUGCAGCCAGCACGUCAGACAGCUGCUCCACGUGGGUCUCCACCAUCGACCAGGCAAAGGAAACACUGAAGAACCUGAGAGAGAUCGAAAAGAAGAGACAAGUGGAAAACUGGAAAGUCCAGCAGCCAGAGAUCAAACCUGGUCGGGAAAUCAAGACAGGCAACACAGAGACAAUAACAGAGCCUCUUAGGCAAACGGGAGAAAAAACAUUUGUGAAUGAACUUGCUGAGGUCCUUACUGUGUCCAGCACAGCAAACGGGAUGAUGGCUUCUCCUAAAGGUGCAGAGGAACCAAAUCAAUAUUCUAAGGAGAUGGCCUCAAAUAAUACAGGAUUGACAGUUUGGUCGCUGAACAACAAUCAGCGCAAAUUAGUGCGCAAGGGUUUUGCUAGUCGGCAGCAAGCACGGAUGGGACAUGAAUGGAUAGAAAUGCAUGUGAGAAGAGAACAGAGUGGGAUCUAUAAUGAAGAAGGAGAGCAAAUGGCUCAAGAUACAGGAACAAAGGAGCAAAGACAGACACCGAUCCAUAAAGCAGAUUCUGCCCCCGACCUGGACAAUAAUUUCACAUCUAAAAUGCCAGCAGAACCAUUAGAACAGGCCAACAUGAGAGCACACUCACUCCUACCAGGUGAAUAUCCAGAUAUUGAUUACCCAGUAAGUGACCCAAGCAUCUUAGUUCGUCCUCAGCAACUCGCAGCAUCCCGUGUGGUUCAUAACUUUCAAAGGCCACCUGGAGGAGGAGUGGUGCGUCUAACCAGGAGGAAUUCAGAUUCACAGUUUACAAACCAGGAAACAAGAACAAAUUCCAGUUACAGCUGGUCUGGAGAUGUGGAGACACUUCCAGUGAGUUGGACGUUCUCUGGAACAUUAAAGUCUCCCACAUUACGGAGGAGGAGGCCGAUCAACACCAGUCAGGGCUCCUCUUCCCCGAAGUCCAGGCCGUCAUUACAGGAAUCAAGACAUAUUUCGUCUGCUUCCUAUAGUUCCGACUCUGAUUGCAGUCAAAGGGCUAAGGUGACCUCUCCAUCCACAAGUUCACACCUUGUGCUCAAACUAGGGUCCCUAAAGCCAAACCAAGCGAUGUUUUGGAACAUGUCUAAGCACAGAGUGUCCCCAGAUACCCAAACAUUGUCUGAACCAGAAAUGCAGGAAGAAAGUGUCAACAAUGAAAGGAUGAAAAGGAAAAACCAGAGGAGCACUUCAGUUCCCACUGUCAUCGUUCAGCCAGGUUAUGAACUUCAGCUGUCCUCCAGAAACCACUCAUCCACAUUACCCCAAGUGGUAGAUACCUCCUCAGGACUUAAUCCAAACAUGAAUCCAUCACCUCUGGUGGGUCUUUUGGAAAGAGCCAAAGAGAGGGUGAAAGACAGAGAUGGAUUAAAAAGAGACCAAAAUGUGAAAACAGCCAAUUCAAGGUUAAGGAUUCCACAGCCUUCCCCCUCUCUUUCCACCACACCUUCACCCUCACCCAGUGAUGGAGACAGAGACAUAGAGUGGGAGGAGGAGGAGGAGGUGGAGCUAAUGAGACACAGAGCACUUACAGUGAGUAAAGGAUGGAAGGAACAGUUGGUGGAUGGAGAUGAAGAGGACAAGAAAAUCAGUGUUUUUACAGAGGGUGUAAAUGUGGACUGGCCGGGCUGGUGCUUUGAUGAUGACGUUAUGGAUUAUUUAAGUCCAGUGGACGACAGAGACGACGGGCUUCUGGAGGAUAUUAACCGAACGCUGGCUUUCUGGGAUCUGCACGGACACUUGGAGCAGGAAGAUGGCGAGUACAGUCAGGUUUAGCUCUGAUGUUAUCCCUCACAACAUACACAGUCACAGAGCCACGCUACUGUCCACAAACCUCGGACAAUCAUAUUACACCAUGUUCAGUCAGUGUUCAUUUUGUGCAUGGAUUUUAUUUUGUUUUUAUAAAAAUUAUAACUGCAAAAAAAAAAAAAUUAACAAAUGGAAAUAUUUGCACAGGUAUUUUACAGCGCAACUGUUGAGUUUAACAUCUGGUCUGCCUUUGAUACAAAGUUUGUUAACUAAACAUUUUGUUAUGAAGGCUCAGUCAUGUACAAUAUAUAUAUUAUUUUGACAACAAAUACUGUAUAUAUGUAUAAAUAUAAUGAAAAUAUUUGUAAUUAUCUGUACAGUUUAUUUAUAUAAGGAAUAAAUGUUGCUUUGAUCUUU